AUGACAGAUAUUGAUCUUCCACCAAUUAUUGCAACCUUGAUGAUGGUUAAGAAUCAGCCACCUCAUUAUGGAAAGAACGACGACAUUAGUGAUAGUAGCGGAGAUGAAGAAUACAGACACAACAAAAGUUUAUUCAAGUUUAUUUCUACGUUAUCUAGAGACCUUCAAUGUCCAGUUUGUUUGGAUUUAUUAAAGAGACCUUUAAUGUUAUCAUGUCUCCAUUCUUUCUGCACAUCAUGUCUACCUGAAUUAAAUAUUAAUCAAAGUAUCACAUGUCCUGUUUGUCGAGCAAUCACCAAAUUGACUGAAAAAGGUUUGGAUAGUUUGCCCGUCAAUAGAGACUUGUCAAACAUUAGUGAUAGUAUUAAAAGAGCCUUUGAUUUUUGUCCAAAAUUUUGUGAUUCAUGUCUUGAUAAAAGAGUAACAAGAAAAUGUGAACAAUGCUUAUCAUUUUUAUGUAGAGAUUGUUGUGAAAGAGCUCAUAGAGGAAAGAAUAGUAACCAUAACAUUAUGAUUUCAUCUGGAAGUGAUUUUGAUGUUGAACAUCAUAUUGAAAAAGAAGAUGAACCAGAUCCACCAGCUUAUUUACCAUUUAAUAUUACAAAGAAAAAGGCAAUUACAAUUUUCAGAGAUUGGAUUGGAUCAUUGUGGUUUGCACCAUCAGACUUGAAUCAAAACCUUACAGUCCGCUACGUAAAGGCUGUGUAUCUUCCAUAUUGGGUUUUUGAAGCAUGCACUCAAACCAACUAUGGUGCCUACAUUGUAACUGGUGCCAGCCCAAUUCCACAAAUCACAAACAGUAAUACUAUAUUGGCAAAUACAAAGUUUGAAAAGAGAUGGUCAAAAAAGGAAAACAUUUUUUCUCAUAGAUAUUGUAAAUCAACCAUUGCAAAUGAAAAAUUAAUUGAUAAGGAUUUAUUGAAUCAAAUGAAUAGUUGGGAAGUUAAACUCCUUGGAUACAAUGAAUCAAUGACACCCGAUCCACGUAUACUUACUCUUGCUUAUAUGGUAGAUGAAAAGAAUGCUUGGGAUACUACUCAAAGAAAGGUCAAGCAAUUGGAUCGUGAGGCUUGCGAGGAGAAACUCCAUCACACCAUUCCAAUGGGAACCUAUAAAGAUACCUUUGUCGAAACCUCCAUCCAAACUGUUGCCUCUCAAAGAGCAUUCCUUCCAGUAAUUUUCAAGAAUUAA